AUGUCUAAUUUUCGAGCUCUCCAACCAGCACCCAUGGAUCAGGAGCCAGCACCACAACCACAAACACGACCGAUUUUGACAUCGAAGCCAAAGCGUACAGUAACACUCGGUGCCUGUGUUGCCUGCCGGAAACGAAAGUCGAAGUGCGAUGGCAACCGUCCUGUGUGCACUUGCUGCUCUCAGAAGGACACGGAAUGCAUUUACGAGCUUGGCCCGAAUGAGAAGCCAUCUCAGGCGAUGAAGAGGAAAAACGAGGAGAUGCAGGGUGAGCUGUCCAAUUUGCGGCAGCUCUAUGACUUCCUUCGAUUGCGGCCUGAACACGAAGCUAUGGACAUCCUCAGGCGCAUCAGAUCGAACUCGCCUGAUGUGGUUCCAUCUCAACGCAUCCAAGAACUUGCAGACUUUGUCCGUCACGGGGACCUGCUCACACAACAGCCACGGCUCACGCCACCUAUGAGCACCCAUGAGCGAGAUUCCCUCCAUCCUGUCACACUUCCUCCGCUUCGCCAGGCCUUAGAUUCCCCAGGCCCCAUGGACUCUUACAAUCUGCCUUACCCACCCAUGGGCUUCGAUGGGCCAGCCACGCAACGACGGAGACACACUCACGAUCUGUCUGCUCGCACAGGCAGUCAAAGCGGUUUGCCACGGCCCACGUCCAUCGAGGCCAUUUUGCAUACUCCUUCGACUGCCGCUGUGGACGAUCUGGCUGCGGAUCCACGCUUGGGCUAUGUGAACAAAUGGACAAGAGUCACAGAUGACACUGGCUUCUUGGCCCACCUUUUCACUAUUUGGACUGAAAGAGAACAUGUUUACUAUCAUUUUGUGGACCGGGAGGCCUUCCUGGCGGACAUGUCGAGUAGCCGUGGCGACUUCUGUUCGGAACUUCUAGUCAAUGUUGUGCUUACAUCUGCGUGUUUUCAUUCGUCCGCGGUGAAAGAUCGCAACAAGCCGUUUUCCGAGACCUCGAUCCAGACUUCUUUUUACUAUGAGGCAAGAAGAUUGUGGGAUCUCGAGAUUGGGAAAGACAGCCUGACAAAGGUGCAAGCCGGCAUGAUCAUGUAUCUUGUACUUGCAAAAUACGGUCGGGACAGGGAGGGACAGACAUACCUUCAAGGGGCAUGUAGUUCUGCCAAAAACCUCGGCUUGUUUGAUCAUGAGUCGCCAGAAAACAACACAACACCCACCCACAUCUCCGUCGACAGAUGGAAAAGAGCUCGAGCCGUGACUGCUUGGGCGCUACACAACUUCCAGCUAUCAAUGGCCAUCACCUACUCGUUCCCAGUUAUCAUCAAUGUGCUCCCUUCGAUGCCGAUUCCUUACCGACAGGAGGUUGAACCUAUAUUUCGCUCCGAAUGCGCAUUGUACUCGAUCCUGUUUGACUGCGUCAGCAUCAUACAAGACGGCGAGUACACCAAUUCACACGAAGGGGAAAGCGCAGACAGGAUAGAAGCCUGCCUCUCGCGUCUCAGAUCCUGGUGGCUCUCGCGACCGUUGAGCUUGGACCCCGACAUGAUGCAAUACAACGUCAAUAUCGUUAAGCUCUUUCAGCCAGUCCUGGAUUGCGAGAAAGCCCCCGAACAGGCCGCAUCGUACAUUGACCGCGCCCGAUCUGUCACCUCAGCCGCUCUGAGGGAAAUCCGGCGCCUAGUAAUUCUACACGAUACACAUCAUGGAUGGUCAAACGCCAUCACAUUUGUCAUACAAGGCAUCACAGUCGCGAGUUUCGGUACCCUCGAUGAGAUAAUGUACAAGCCGGUCUUGCCCCAAACCGCAUCCGACGAUCGAUACCAGGGCCUCGUCACUUGCCUCCGUGCACUCACCGUUCUCCUCAGCUAUAGCUACUACGCUCAGCCAAUUUUCCGACUGUUGACACAAAAGUGUACCACGUUGGGAGUACGGCUGCCUGCUGAGGUACAAGGAGCCCUGGACUUUUGCACAAGCGAGGAGUGGACUAAAAAUGCUGCUGAAUUGGUCAGUAGCCAGUACAUUGCGGACAUACGCUCUGUCAGGUACAACACAGAAACAUCGAGAAUGGACGCUGUCAUCUCGAGAUGGGAAGGCUUGACCCUUGAAGACGAGGAGGCGCACGAUUUGGACACAGCGAGGCGGUCGGAUGUUUGA